GUGGCCCUGACUGAACGUGUUUUCCUCCACAAAGAAAUCCCAACCUGGGAUCUCUGGCUAAGCCGCCAUUUCAAAGCGUGAAGGAGCUGUAGGAAAUUUUGUAUAUAUAUUUUUUAUGUUUUCUAAUAUAUUUUUUAUUUUUAAUUAGCAGAUAUAGCUAUAGUACUUGCUGAAUCUACCUCGCCUGCACCACCAGCUGAAAUGGACGCAGACACAGAAGAGCCGGUCACAGAAACAUCAAAAACAUCCGACGAUGAAUCUGAGAGACCCGGAAUGGAAAUGAAAUCCAGGGGUCGUGGGCCCAGGGGCCGUGGUCGAGGGGGGCGCAUGAUUCGAGGCAGCAUGCGCGGUGGACGGGGCAUUAUGAAAGGCUUUGGUCCUCCAGGUCAUGGGAGGGGUCGAGGGAAGGAUGGAGCCAUGAAUGGAUUUGGGCCAAUGAGAGGAAUGGGAAGGAUGAGACCUUACCCAGACUUCAGAGGUCAUCGAGGCAGGGGUGGACCGAUGGGCAUGGGCCCACCUCCUCCUCCACCUCCCCCACCUCUCCCCAUGCACCUCAGAGGCCCCUUUCCACCCAUGCCCAGACAUGGACCCCCUCCACCCCCUCCUCUGGGCCAUCCUGGUUUCAGAGGCCGUCCUCCACACCCUCGAGGUCGCGGCAUGCCGCCCCCUGGACCCCCACGCCACUUCCACCCCCGUGGCCCGAGAGGCUACCACAAUGGACCGGUCUCUCCUCCGCCUCACCCCCCACCUGGCAGAGGCCAGAGGUGGCCAGGCCCCCCUGGUGGCCGACGCUUUUAACACAGCCUGCCCUAAAAAACCAUAACCGAGCACUUGUUAACGUAGAAGGGGCCUAAAGUGGUGCAGUGAAUGAAACACCCCUGAUAUUAUGUAACAUAUGAGUAUCAAGAAAAUACUCCUGGUUAUUGAUAUUGUCUACUGGCACAGAAAUAAUGUGAAAAAUGAGUAAUGGCAACAAAAAAAAAAAAAAAAAAAAAAAGGACUCACGAUACAACAGUGUAAAGGCAUUAUCGCACUGUGUUACCUAUCAACAUGUUGGUACUGUAGAGACUAUUUUACAUUGUCGUGACACAAACUGUUACGGUUGAAGUCGGUCUCGAAGGGAGGAGAAGUUCAUGUCAUUAAAUGUUCUGUGGUUCUUGUUACAGUCACCCUGUGAGCCUUAAGACGUUUUCCUGAUUCCUAAUAAAGGUUGAAAAAUGGGUGACGCUGUAUGUUGAAGGUGGGGGAAGAGGGUAAAUUUAAUGAAAGAGUGCACAGCAGCCCUCGAGCACUGCUACUGAUUAGUUUAGUACACCUCCCUAACCUUUCCCUUUUGUUACAUGGAAGUAGUUAUGUAUUAUAACUUCACCGCACAGUGCAGCAGAUAUUGUUUAACACUAAGGCAGUGUCCUAUUUGUAUUCAUGAGUAUUUAAUUUUCUAUCUAUAAUGUGCAGCUAUUUUAAGUUAUGAGUAUUGCUGUUUGAAACAUCCGUGUUUGUCUCCAGCAAUCGAUUAUGUAAUGACAAGGAAAAGGCAUUAUAAAUGAUAUACUAGCGUACUGAACUAUAUAUAUAUCCAGUAGCUCUAAUUAAUGAAAGCAAAUUCCAUUUCGUAUUUGCUCCCGUUAAGGACUGUGUGUAGUUCUCUUGAAGUGUUACAUCUUUAUUCACUGUAAUAAUCAGCAUACUUUUGUGAACCUGUGAAUGUGUUUUAUGAGAACCGCCGAGACGUGCGAGGCAGUCGUGAAAGAAGAGAAAAAAAAAAUAAAACUAAAAAAAUAAACUUCUUCUUUUUUUGUUUAUUCACAA